AUGCAGAUGGCGGCCAAAAAGGCAGGUGGCUGGGCGGAUGUGGCCGACGCCGAGAAGAUUCGCUUCGCCCGCGACGCGGUCGGGCCCGAGGGAGCGCGCGCCAGCCCGAGGACGUGGGUAGGGACGGCGGCCAGAGGGGCGGCGGGCGACGGCGGCGACGGCGAGCCGUACAUACAGGUGCGACGCGGCGAGGAUUUCGCCGACUCGGCGGACGCCUCCUUCUUUGCAAAGGCCUUUCCGACCCUGUUCCCCUUUGGCUUAGGCGGGCCGAGGCUCGCCGACGAGGACGCCGCGGGAGAGAGCGCGGGCCCUAGCGUCGGGAACCAGGGCGCCCAGGCGGAGCGGGUUGCAGAGGGCCUUAUGUCGACGCGGAACAUGAAGCUCCAGGCAUGGGCCGACGUCGUGCUGCGGCGUCACGGCGGCCGCAUGCUAGGCGUAGCGAGGAAGAACUUCGCAAGGGUCGAGGGCCUACUAAAGUCGUUAACGGCGCAGAGGCUCGAGGCGGCCAGGGCCGAGCUCGAGGCCACAGGUAAGACUAGCGACGACGGGGUAAAAGAGCUCCUCCGGUCCCUCUCCGUGUUCGGCUACCGGCAGCCAAUGUCGAGGGAGAGCCGCCUUAGUAUGCGGAAGAAGAUACUAUCCCUCAUCGUUAGGUACGGGGUGCCGGCUAUCUGGUUCACGCUGAACCCGAACGACAUUACGAACCUAGUAAAGUUACGGCUAGCGGCGCACCGCGGCCGCGACCCCGACGAGGCCGAGGCCUUCCUAAGUGACCUAGGGACCGCGUAUAAGCGGACGCGGCUGGCCAUAUCGGACCCGAUGAGCUCGGCCGUCUUCUUCCACCGGGAGAUGACGCUCUUCUUCGAGCACUACGUCAACGUCGGGGAGGAGUCGGUGUUCGGCCACGUCGGCGCAUACUACGGGGCGGGCAACGCGGGCAUUGGCGACGCGCUCGCCGGCCCGGACGCGGAGGAGCAGGCGGCGUACCGGGAGCGCAUCGUCCGCUACGUAGAUAGCGUCUUCUCUGAGGAGCUAGACGCAGAAGGUUACUGUGCCAUGCAGGCAGAGCGGUCGGCCACGGCGGACAUAUCGUCGCGGCUCGACGACGUCGCGCGCUUCACGGACACCUUCGACGAGGAGGCCAACUUCUGCGCGGGCGCGACGCAGAUCCAUACGCAUAGCGCGACCUGCGCGCCGUGGAGGUUGGUGGAGAGGACGGCGCUGACGGCGGACGGGGUGCUCGAGAUCCGGCGGACGCAUAGCAUGGUGAACCGGUGGAACAGGGCGAUGGCAGUGGGGCUACGACACAACCACGACAUCUCGUUCAUCGCGACGCAGCGCAAGACCAUGGCCCUAAUCUACUAUAUUACUAACUAUACGACGAAGGUAGAGGACCCGGUGUGGAAGCGUGUGGCCGCCGCGGCCGAGUUCCUUCCUGUGCUAGAGCCGACGGGAGAGGGCAACAGAAGUGGCGCCGACCGCGACGCCGGCCGGGAGGGCGGGGCCGAAGGGGUAGCGACGGCGGCGGACCCCGUAGGGGGGAAUAAGACGAGAACGUUCCUGCUUAAGGCGGCGAAUCGAGUCUUUACGGAGCGGCCGCUGUCGCAGGUCGAGCUCUACUGGGCCGUCUUCCGCCGGUGGCGGCACCUCCGACGGGCGAGCGGCGCCGAGGCGACGGGCGACGCGCCGGACGAGACGGCGCUUAGGCGGCCGGGUUGCGGGGCGACUGUAUGCGUCGACGGAUACCUCAGCAAGGAGUUCAGCGAGGAAGACGACGAGUCGUGCCACCGGAGGGCGGCGGUGCAGCACCUGGCCCUAUUCCUCCUCCGGCGGUCGGCGGAGGACGCGAAGCGCGACGCCAAGCAGUGGGCCGCCACGGCCGAGGAGGGCGGUAUGACGGCGCCGCAGGCCGACGACGAAGGCAGGGGCGGCCGAAGGGGCGAGGAGGCAUACCGCGCCGGCGGGGCGGGCGACGCGGCUCGGCUCAUCGACGUCGUCCGGAACGCCGCCAGCGCGGGACAAGUCACGGCGCAGUCAACAGAGCUGCUAGCGAUGACGCAGCAGCUCUGCCGGUUCCAGCAGUCGGCGCUCGGGCAGGCGGGUGAACCUACCGGGCUCGGCGCUGUCGGGGCGGCACUGCCGCGGCAAGAAGAGGUGCGGGCCAUCAAGUCGCAGCAGAGGAGCGCGGCGCGGGGCGGGCGGGCGAUCCAGGGCAUCCAGGGCGGCGGGGCGGCGGCGGGCGUCGGGGCCGACCGCGGCGCGGCCCUUCGCGGGGUGAUGGGGGGCUUCGGCGAGGACGACAUCGACGUAACGGCGGCCGACGGCGACGCAGACGCAGGCACGGCGGCGGGGAUGCGCGCCAUCGCCCUCCUAAUCGUGUGCCGGCAACUCGACCGAAUCCGGCAGGGCGACGACGCAGGCGGCGACGGUGGUGGCCAGCUCUGCCUAUUCAUCGGCGGCGAGGGCGGCACCGGCAAGUCGCGCGUCAUCGAGGCGCUCGUCGAGCUGCUCGCCCGGAGGGACCUAUCGAGCCGGCUGCUGGUUACGGCGACGUCGGGGACGGCGGCAGCGCGGAUCAACGGCAUCACGCUGCACUCGGCCUGCGGCCUUACGGGCGAGCGCUUCGUCGACGGCCGGUCGCGGAUGGACUGGCAGGAGAAGGAGGUGCUGGUGAUCGACGAGGUCAGCAUGCUCGGGGCGCGGACGCUGCACGCCGCCAACGAGCAGCUCUGCCGGCUGCGGGGGUCGGCGCGGGACUUCGGCGGCAUCCCGGUAGUGAUCCUCUGCGGCGACUUCCACCAGUUCCGGCCGGUGCAGGAACGGUCGAUCCUGCUGCCGAGCGCGGCGGUGGCGUGGGACGAGGACGGGGCGUUCGCGGCCGAGCAGCGGCGGCAGCACGACAAGGCGCACGCGCUGUGGCGGCGCUUCACGACGGUCGUCAUGCUAGACGAGCAGACGGGAGAGGCAACCCAACAGGGUUGCGCAAAGAGCCUUGAGGAACGAAAAAAACGUCUAGACAAGGGGCAGACAGAUGUACAGAGGCAGAAAGGUAACGACGACCAAGGGGCAGCCAGGCUGGACGAAAAACACUUCCCAUUUAAGGAGUUAUAG